CCCAAAGCAACCGGCAGCGAGCGUCUUGCGACCUCCAUCGUCAUCAUCUUCACUAUCAUAAUCCUCCGUCAUCGGUGCCGUCUUGUUCUCUUGACGCAUCUGCAUUUUCCUUUUUUCCCCUCUCUUUCAUCUUCUUCUUCACGUCAGAUUCCCCUUCUUUUGCCCAUCCAGCCCUCGCCUUUUUACCAUUGUUCCCGCCAUGCCUGCCACCACGGCGGACACUCUCUCCCUCGUGCAGCGGACCGUCACCGUUGCCCCCUUGGUUCUUCUUUCCGUUGCAGAUCAUUACGGACGCUCGGCCAAGGGAACUCGAAAGCGUGUGGUGGGUGUGCUGCUUGGAGAGAACACAGGCCAAAAUGUUCGGGUAUCAAACAGCUUUGCCGUUCCCUUCGAGGAGGAUGAAAAGGACCCGUCGGUGUGGUUCUUGGAUCACAACUUUGUCGAGUCGAUGAGAGACAUGUUCAAGAAAAUCAACGCUCGCGAGAAGCUUAUCGGGUGGUAUCAUUCGGGCCCCAAGCUACGCGCUUCUGAUCUUGAAAUCAACGAACUUUUCAAACGGUACACCCCGAAUCCCUUAUUGGUGAUUGUCGAUGUCCAGCCCAAGGAAGUCGGCGUGCCUACGGAUGCCUAUUUUGCCGUGGAUGAGAUCAAGGAUGAUGGCACCACCACCUCCAAGACCUUUGUUCACACUCCGUCCAUAAUCGAAGCCGAAGAAGCGGAGGAGAUUGGCGUUGAGCAUCUGCUCCGGGAUAUCAGAGAUGUUGCCGUCGGUACCCUGUCGACACGCAUUACGUCACAACUGCAAUCGUUGCAGGGUCUGCAUCUACGCCUCCGGGAUAUUGGCCAGUAUCUGCAGAAGGUGUUGGAUCACGAGCUACCGGUCAACCACGCUAUUCUCGGCAACCUUCAGGACGUCUUCAACCUUCUGCCCAAUCUGUCAACCCCGCCAGCAACUCAGCGCCUCAGCGGAUCGGAGCAGCCGACGGACAACAGCGAACUGGCCCGUGCGAUGAGCAUCAAGACCAACGAUCAAUUGAUGGCCAUUUAUCUGAGCAGCCUAAUCCGCGCCAUCACGGCUUUCCACGACUUGAUCGAUAACAAGAUCCAGAACCGGCAACAACAGGAGGAAAACGAGCUGAAGAGAGAGCAAGAAGCCAACGCGGCCAAGAAUGAGAAGGAGGCCGCCAAGAAGGGCAGCGGCGCUGCGAACGGGGAGCAGAAGGAGAACCAGAACGGAUCCAAGGACAAGUCGAAGAAGAAGAGCCCGAGGGCCGAUUAGGUAGAUGGGCCUUUUGGGGGGAGCAAUGUGAUAUGAUCCUUUAGAACAAUUCAGUCUCCACAUUGAGAUGUAUACUAUAGUAAUCUUGUUUCUCGACUGUGUUCGGUGUC